UUCCUCCUGGCACCGAGCCACCAGGCCGGUGGGCAAGUGCUUGAGUCGCACCGCCGUCUCCACCUUGUUGACGUUCUGCCCCCCCGCCCCGCCCGACCGAAAGGU